CGAGAGGGAGAGAGGGAAGAUGAAAAGGACGUGAAAGAGAGGAGAGGAGGGAGGUUUCUUAUGUUGGUGCUGAGCGAGAAAAGGCCUCCCGGGGGGUGAAACAGGGAUAGAAAACACGCAGGGAGGAAUAGAAGCGGCUGCGGCUCGUAAACACGACAGAAAACGUUGGCCAGGAGGACGGCAGACAGACAGCGGUGUUCACGUUUACCCCCUACACCCCCCUAAACCCUCCUCUCACCAGCUCCAUCCUCUUUGACGCCGUUGGACUAUCUCCUGCGCAUCCGAGAGGCUUUUUUCCUCUCCGCUUUUGUGUUUAUUAUCCGACCGGUGCGGUUUUAUUCACGGGAUACUGAGGCUGAUCCAUCAUCACCGCGACCCGCAGGAUCCCCCGCUCGCGUCUCGCUCGGGACGUUUAAAGGAAAAGAGCGAGAUGAAUGCAGAGUGAGCCAGCUGCAGCGGGGGGGCCGCCGGCCCCGGGUUAGACCGUCCAGCAUCACCCAUGCGAUGGCAUAGUAGCGGUCUCUGCAGCAAGACGAAGGGGCUCGACGCAGAUCAGCAGGGCUCUCAUCCACCAUGCACUCCUGAAAGGCAGCAGACACAGGCACAGAUGGCAACCUGGCCCCAUAUAGGCGCUCCAAACUGCACAGCAAGUACUGGAGGAUGAAAAUGCGGCGGCACAGAGUGUUCUUGCUGUGCACGGUGGGUCUGUGCGUCAUCUCCUUUCUCCACUACUACAAGGCCCUCCAUUACGUCUCCCUGCUGCGAGAACUCUCCGCUCCAUACCCCAACGUCAAGUCUUUCAUCAUGGUAACUGGCUUCUUCUGGAGGGAGAAAGGUGUGGGUUCCACCCCACUCAGCCCGGCCUCCCCAGAAGAGGCCCCUCCUUUCCCUGCACUGCGCCAGUCGGAUAUCAAAGCUGAAGGACUUGUGGGUUUGAGUGGAGGUGCAGGAGGGGACGGAAUACACCUGCGGCAUGACGAUGCCAUAGGUGGAGAUCUGGGUGUUAUUGACCACGUAGGAUUUAAGAAGGGGCCUAAAGAGGAGCCAGCACCUCCUCAUCCGUGGGAAAAUCCUAGGGAAAACCAGCUGGGACACCCCAGAGAGGAGAUUGAAGACCGACAUGCCAAACCUUUAGGACCGCACCUCCCAGAAGCACAUUUAGGGGAAGAACACAGAGUGAUAUUCCUCAACAAUCAUCUGCCAGACCCCUUAGAGUCCAUGGGGGACCUUCACACGCGCGUUCACCAGCUUCAAGAUGACAAAACAUCUUACUUUGUCCGUACCAAAGCUGGAGCUCUUUGCUUUAAGCAGGGAACGGAGGUGGCGACCCCAAAGGAGUACACUACAAAACUAGGGGAGGGUGGAGCUAAUGGAGCAGGGGAGGGUGGCCGAGCUGGAGCUGCCGCUCAGCGGAAACCUCUGCAGUUCCAGCAGCACCCUUCCAUGGCUCCAAAGAUAAAGGCGCGAGCCAGGGGCAAUGGGAAGCGGCUGGUGAAGUGUGUGUGUCGGCCAGGAUGGCAUGGACCUUACUGUGGGGUUCCCACUAUGGUUUACCACUCCAAUCUACCAACCAAGGAGCGGCUGACGCCAAGAGAGACCCCACGGAGGGUGAUCAACGCCAUCAACAUCAACCAUGAGUUUGAUCUGCUGCACGUACGCUUUCGCGAACUCGCGCAAGCUGUAGAUCUGUUCCUCGUAUGUGAAUCAAACUUUACAGCCUAUGGAGAGAGACGACCUCUGAGUUUCCUGCGGCUCCUUCUUAAUGGUACGUACAACUACAUACGGCACAAGAUCCUCUACGUGUUCCUCGACCAUUUCCCAGACGGUGGUCGCCAGGACGGCUGGAUUGCAGAUGACUAUUUGCGCACCUUCCUGACACACAAUGGGCUAUCCAGGGUGGUGGGAGCGAGAUCAGACGAUGUCUUUGUCAUCAACGACGCUGAUGAAAUCCCAGCACGUGAAGGCCUCCUUUUUCUUAAGUUGUUUGACGGCUGGACGGAACCUUUUGCCAUCCACAUGAGAAAGUCUUUGUAUGGCUUUUUCUGGAAGCAGUUCGGGUCUCUAGAGGUGGUGUCAGGCUGCACACUGGGGAUGCUACGGGACGUCUACGAUGGCGACGGCAUCAAACUGCGCCGUCGCGAAUAUUACACCAUGCCCGGUUUCCGCAAGUACGAGAACGACACCGGCCACAUCCUGGUGCAGUGGUCCGUGGGAAGCCCCUUCCACUUUGCUGGGUGGCAUUGCUCCUGGUGCUUCUCACCCGAGGGGAUCUACUUCAAGCUGGUGUCAGCCCAGAAUGGAGAUUUCCCCCGUUGGGGGGACUACGAGGACAAACGUGACCUCAACUACAUCCGCAAUCUGAUCCGGACAGGGGGCUGGUUUGAUGGCUCCCUGCAGGAAUAUCCCCCCGUGGACCCCAAAGAGCAUAUGUAUGCCCCUAAGUACAUGCUGGAAAACUAUGAUAGGUACCGCUACCUCCUUGAAAACCCUUACAACAGUGUCCAUAAUGAGUGAGUACUCGGAAGAUCAGCUGUGGAAAAAAAUAUGUGAAAUAACUUGUAAGGCCCAAGAGAGGCCUCAGCACUGAGCUUUGGGGGUGGAAAAGUACUGAUGUGAAUGACAAGUCUUGUUGGAGUUCAAUGGAUCUCCUCCAGGCAACACUGAUGAUGUAGGGAUUUGAAACCUCUGAAAAAAUCAUUAUUACGGGGUCAAAAAAGGGAACACUGAAUCACAUUGACCAUGGAUUUACAGAAAGAGCAUCGAGAGGAUACAACCACUGGAUAGACAAAAUCAUUGUUCUCAUUCAUCUCCUUUCUUUUGUGCGGGGAGAGGCCAAGCUGUCUCUCUCAUAACAGCCCAACCUGUUUAUCUUUACUUUCCUCUCCUCGCAGUUGGACAAACCUGUUCUCUGAGAGAAAGGGCCAGCUUUUAAGAAAACCCAGGGGUAUUUGUGCAGGCGUGUAAAACCUGCGGUGAACACAAAGUCGGAAGUGGACCGGCCGUUGUUUCUGUCUGCAUUUGCCGAAGUUUACAAACUGGUUCAUGUUCCUGCUUCUUCUGUGUUCAGCUUCAUUCUACACCUUCAGAUGUCUUCCUGUCAUAAUUUUGUGACCUCUUUUCAGAUCAGAACCAAACUCAAGCUCAGACAUGACAUUAUUUUGGGGUUUCAGGAUGAGAAAACACAAAGCUAAAUGAUACCCUGCGCGGAGUACGCAGCGCCAAAUUAAAAGGAAGGACUCAGUGGGAAGGUUUCUGCUCAUACAAGUACUCCCAUUCAUCUACGUGCACCUUAGACUUGUCUGUGUGUUUGUAAAUAGUGCGUGUUGUCUGUCUUCGUGUCGUACGGUUUUGAUUUAUGAAGGGAGGACGAGUUCAUUCGAGGAAAUGGAGAGACAUUCCAGUAUGGGGAAGGCGGGAAUGAUAUUAAGAUCUGAAAACAGUGGAAGAGAAAAAGAAGGAUUAAGAAGGAAUAAGCGCAGCGGCGUAAAGGAAGGAAAAUUGAGAAUUACAUGAGUGAGUGUGCAGAGUGUGCAUGUAUAUUUUUCCCGGCGUUUACGCUCAGAUCAGAUUACUUUGGGCCCUCGUCCAUUAUAGCUUGUGCUGUCAGGAGAAAGUCGAGAGCACUUCGGUGGAAGAUCAGCCUUUACUUUCCCUCUCUGUAUGUCCACCAAGUGAGACAACUUUGUUUCGUGGAAAUUAACAUAUGUGAUGAAAGGGUGAGAGAGAUAAGUGGGUGGAUUCACAUCAGUCAAGUGUUUGCAGUUUUCAGACGAAACCAACCCUCGUCUGAAAACUGUUAGCUCCAUUAAAUAUUCCGCUUUAUACUCAGCUGCCAAUCGCAGAAUGUCGACUCUUCCAAGGUUUUCCUUUCUUUUGUUCUUUGUCUCUUUGUCUGUCUCUUUUUUUAAAUUUUCGUUAAUCCCCAUUAACAAGCGAUUUAUUUCACUCCUCCAUUUGCUUAUCUUUCAGCCCUGUCUUAAAUAAUGUCUCUAAUUUCUUCUCACUCAUACAUUUGCACUCUUAUUCUCUCACUAUUUCAGAAAGACAGGGAAUCACCAUUAACACGCCCCAAAAUAACUAACAUCUGACCAUUGAGGCGUGAGCGCUUGUGAGCGCUCGUGUCCUUCUCCCUGCCGUAAAACACCUGUCCUCAUGGCUAGACGCCCAAUUCCCUACCCCGAAUCGUUUUGUACAAAUUAGUGAUGUGGAUUAUUUGGCGUACUUUUGUCCACGAGUGUGUGUGAUGUGGGUUGAGGCCAGGGGGGUGGGCUGGUCUCAACCCAACCCUGGUCAAUGGCAGAGCAGCAGGGAAAGAUAUUCUGGGAAUAAACAAAUACAGAUCAAGAAACAGUUAAUACGUUGUUCUUUUUUUCCAUUUCAUUGCAGAUUGAAUAUGUGCAUCUACAUCUUUAGUGCCUGUUCUGAGCUAAGCAGACACCUUUUUUCUUAGCUUUGAGUAAAAUGCUAUUUUAAGGUUAAGAGCAACUCUAAGAGAUAUGCUAAAAGGUUGAUGAGGCUGGAAUUGGAUCAAAGAUAAAAGUUUGAUUCUUGAGAAACAAGGCAUUUCUUCUUAGAAGAGAAUUCUCAAAUUGCUUCAUUUAAAAAAAAAAAAAAAAUGUUUUUAAUACCCAUUUGUGUAAGAUGUCCUUGAAUCAGAAGUUGAACUCCAGCCUCCCUGUUUCACUUCUGGUCGUGUCAUCUGAAACACGAAACUGUCGACAUGCUGGGUCUUCAUAGCCGUAAGCUCGCGGUGGGAAAAUAAGAUUAGCCAGCAGGCGACUGACAGUUGUUUCUGAUCUGUGCUGCUCCUGCGAUGGCAGCACGGUAUGUGGCGGCAGCUGUUAAGGGGUUUGGUGUUGGUGUUUAUGGUCAAAGAAGCGUCUUAAUUCAGAGGGGCUGCAGAGAUAUUAGCUGUAAAUAGGAUUUGCAAGGAGGGGUGCUGGUGGUGGGGUAGUGAGGGUUGGGGUUGGACAGCUGGAGCUUACGUCGACUCUUUCUGGAGUACACCCUGCAGGCCGCUGAUCUAUCACAGAAGGCACAUUUAUUGCUGAUUUAAUGAAUAGAGUUCAUCUGCUUCUCCUGCAAUAUACCAUUUGUAUUCUGUUAGCAUCAAUUCACAUAAAGCCGCCCAAAGUAUCUCAUUUGAUUGUUAGUAAAGAAAUAAAACUUGUCUCCUUCCAUACGACAUCAGGGUCUUAAAGUGCAGCCGUAUCCGGACUC